CUUUCCCGCAUGGAUAAAAGUCUGCGACUUGGGCAAACCUGGUGGACGUAGAGUGAAUGUCAAAUGACAUUGCCUCUUAACAGUAGCUUUUCGUAUCUUAUAUUGAGUGACGAUGAACUACUUGUUUCAGUUUGUAGUCGAAAAUGGAAAGCAAUCGAAGUGCUGCUCUUCGCGAAGCAAGAUUUGAUUUUAGCAAAAACUUACUAAGUAUUCGAGAAAUUUGCGAUUACCUUGUUGCCAAAGGAGAGUUAACCGAUGCGCUGGUGGAACUCAUUUUAAGUAAGCAAACGAGAGGUAACCAGGUUUCCGAACUUUGCAGUAUUUUAGCAACCAGAGGCGAUUCAGCGUAUCAAUGUUUUCGCGAGGCUCUGAUUGAAACUAAUGCUCCACAAUAUCUAGUUGAUAAACUGCCUAGUUUUGAAGAAGCACAAUCGAUUGGUGCCGGGCUGAAAAGCACAGGGCUAUCGGAUGACCUGUUGAAGCGAAUCGAUAGACUGGAAAUCAAUGAUUCUGCUGACGGAUUUCCGUCUCGCAUUCCAGAGCCAAAACCGCGAAAACCGAGCAAGGAAUUGGGAAGCUACCCAAUUGAUACGACUAAGAAAACAGGACUAGCCUUGAUCAUAAACAAUGUUGAUUUCAAAAACGAGAAAAAAAGAACAGGCUCAGAUGUUGAUCAUGAUAAUAUGAGACUAUUGCUAAGAGGUUUUAAUUUUGAAAUAUUCGAAGAUGCAACGACUCGAAAUUUAACUCUGGUCCAAAUGAAAGAGGUUCUAGAGAGAUUUGCUCUUCAAAAAGAUCACCAGAAGUACAGUUGUUGUAUUGUGGUUGCUUUGAGUCAUGGUAAAGACGGAUAUGUAUAUGCAACCGAUUCUAGUCAUGAUUAUAAUGGGAUGCUAAAGGUGGAAUGGAUGCUGGAUUUGUUCCGCGGAGAUAAGUCCCCGAAUCUGAACGGGAAACCUAAAUUGUUUUUCUUGCAGGCUUGCAGGGGAGGGAGUUGUGACAAGGGGGCUGAUUUAUAUGGUCGAGAUGCCAUGGACUCUUCGGGAGAUGUACCAGCUGACGACUCAAAAGUGCCUGAUACAUUAAGCCCCGAGAAGGAAGAGCGUAUGUACAAGGAUCUCCUAUCGCAGAACUACGAUGAAACCGACGCUAUCGCCAAGGGUGACUUGAUUGCCAGUCACAGUGACAUCUUUAUAGCCUAUUCCACUGUGCCGGGAUACGUCAGCUGGAGAAAUAGUGAAAAAGGAUCCUGGUUCAUACAGGCCAUAGUGCAGGUGUUUCGUGAGUGGGCUUUCAAGUAUGACCUGGUGUCCAUGAUGACAGAAGUGAAUAGACUGGUACAAGAAAAGUUCUCCAGUUCGAGUGGCAACUUCAAAAUGGUUCCCUCUCAAUGCAGUCAACUAACGAAGUUGUUCUAUUUCCCAACUAAGUUUCCAAUUGAAAGGGAACGGUCGAGACCACCGAGGCCAUGGAAGUGUAGAAUCCUUUAGUCGACUGGUAAUUCCUUUCGUCUCCUUGCUGCCGCCAGGGACAAUGGAGGGGUUGCAGUGAUAUAUCAAGAAGAGGCAGCAUCUAGUGUGACGCGAUUAACAAGGACGAAUCUGUCCCUCUAUUAUAUUUUUCUUCAUCUUUUAAUCUCCUCGAUCCCUUCAAUUUAAUUUAAGGUGAUUGGGUUAUUCCAAUGUAACUACAAUGACUGGCUGAUGUUCAACAAACCGCCAUAUUACCUUGAAGUAGAAUUUACAUCAGAGUUACAUAUAAAUUGCAUAACAACAGUGACAAUCUGUUAUAUUGCAUAACAACUUCGGCUUGUUGGAGUGGCUAUCUUGUUUUAGACUUAUUGGCCCUUAGGUUUGUUGGCUUGCCAACAUACCAACUGCAAAAAUCAGGAAGCACAAUCGAUUUGUAUAGGAGAAUUGGUGUCUACCUACGAUCAGCACAGUUGACGGCCAAUAAAUAACAUCUACAACAAAAACUGUAUUUAAACAUAAUUUAAUCAUAAUGCGGCUUUAUUCAAAUCUGACCAAGUUUGAUUUUUAUCUCUGCAACUGCUGCCUUCUGUUUCUACAUGAAUGCACUCUUCUAUCAACUAUACACAUCGGCUUCUCAUUUCUCGAAGGAAAACAUAGGCAGUUUUUUAAAUUUAUAAAUAUUUUUAUAAGAAUUAUUUCAAGAAAAUUUGUAAACUUUCGUUCUUGAGCAAAUAGAAUUUAAU